AAGAUUCGUGGUAUAAAUAUUUGGCCUUCCUUCCUUCCUUCCUUCCAUCCAUCUAUUCUUCACUUCACUCACUCCCAUAAUAAUAAAAAGACAGAUUCUUCUCUCACUUUCUCAUUCAUCUCUUACUCCACCCUAUCCCAUAAUGUCGGUGGUGCUGGCCAAGACCGACUCCGAGGUUAGCAGCCUCACGCACUCGUCGCCCAGCUCGCGGCGCCCGGUGUACUAUGUGCAGAGUCCGUCACGGGAUUCGCACGAUGGGGAAAAGACGACGAAUUCGUUCCACUCGAGCCCAGUUCUCAGCCCAAUGGGGUCCCCCCCUCAUUCGCAUUCCAACUCUUCGUUGGGCCCUCACUCACGUGACUCCUCCUCCACCCGAUAUUCCGCCUCCGUCAAGCCCGGAUCUCGCAAGGCCGCCAAUCACAAGAUUCCCAAGCCGUGGCAGCGCUUCGAUGCCAUUGAAGAAGAGCGCCUCCUCGAGGACGACGGUAGCUCCGAUGGGUUUAGCCGCCGAUGCUACUUCCUUGCAUUUGUUAUUAGUUUUGUGGUUCUUUUCUCUCUGUUUUCGCUGAUUUUGUGGGGUGCCAGCCGGCCUCAGAAACCUACCAUUCUCAUGAAAAGCAUUUUGUUUGACAAGUUCGUGAUCCAAGCGGGGGCAGAUUUUUCAGGAGUGGCGACUGAUCUGGCGACGAUGAACGCGACGGUGAAGUUCGUAUUUCGAAAUACGGCCACGUUCUUCGGCGUUCAUGUCACUUCCACUCCGCUUCAGCUUUCGUAUUCCCAGCUCACACUUGCCUCUGGAACCAUUCAAAAGUUCCACCAAGGGAGGAAGAGCCAGCGAGCCAUAGUGGUAACCAUGAAAGGAAGCGGCAUUCCGUUGUACGGAGGUGGAGCCAGCCUGAGCAGCGUGAAUGGAAAGCCGAUCGAACCGGUUCCUCUGAACCUUCAAUUCACGGUCCGGUCCACAGCGAAUGUGUUGGGCAAGUUAGUGAAGCCCAAAUUCUACAAGAGCGUGGAUUGCACCGUGGUCAUGGACCCUGCCAACAUGAACAAGCCCAUCUCCCUCAGGAAUAAGUGCUCCUACCGCUCAUCAGGUUAAAAAUAAAACAAUAUGUUGCUCAUAUUCAUAUAUGAUUGGUGUUCACAUUCACAGUUUUAUAUUUUAUGAUAUGAUUUUUUUUUUUUUUUUAUGGGUAUUAUGUAUGUUUGGGUCCCCAUGGUCUCAUAAGGCUUACUUUGAAUGUUGAAUGAAAUGAUCCACGCUCUUUGAAUUGAAAUCUUCAGCAAAGUGAAGCUUCCUGGUUUGGUUGUAUUCAGAUUAGUCCCAUGAUCCUUGUUCCUUUUUUU